GAAGCUGUGCAGCAGCAGAAGCAGCAACGUGUUGACGGUGUAAACAGAUAUGAUCAGACACGUGUUCCUGACAGGAGCUCCAGGUGUGGGGAAAACCACUCUGGUCCAGAAAGCCUGUGAAGCUCUGGUGUCAUCAGGCGUGGGAGUUGAGGGGUUUUACACAGAGGAGGUCAGGGAGGGAGGCCGCCGAGUCGGCUUUGAUGUCGUCACCGUGACAGGGGAGAGGGGCCACCUGUCCAGAAUCAGAGACGGAGCUGCUGCGUCUCAUGGUGGACGGGAGUACACAGUGGGGCAGUAUGUGGUCGACUUGCCUUCAUUUGAAAAUCUGGCUCUCCCCCUCUUCAGAAAUGUCGGGGCGGCAGAUGGGGGCAGCAGGAAGGUGUUCAUCAUUGACGAAAUUGGCAAAAUGGAGCUUUUCAGCCAGUCGUUCAUCAGAGCAGUGAGACAGACUUUAGAAAGCUCCUCCUGCACCAUCCUGGGCACCAUCCCCGUCCCCAAGGGUAAACCGCUGGGUCUGGUGGAAGAGGUGCGGAGCCGGGGAGAUGUCAAGGUCUUUGCCGUGUCUAAGGAGAACAGAAACGCUAUCCUGCCGGACAUUUUAGCAGCACUACAAGAAUGUUUAAAACAUGCAGCCUAAUGUGACGAAUCACAACCCUGCACUUUGCGUUGUGCUUUAUUUUGUGCUGACAACAAGUUUUUAUUUGUGUCAGUGCGUAUACAGCACACGCAGCCAGACCAUUCAGCGGCUCCACUACACGCAACUCAUAACAGGGUUGUGACCUAACCCGAAGAGCCGCUAAAAGAGUUAGAGUGUCACAUGCAUGCAUUUAUGUACACAAUUCAUUUUUUUCCCUCCAUCCUCAUACAGCCCCCAAAAUGGAUUGCAUGCUGAAUAAUUGAUUGUGAGCUGGAGCACAGUGCGGGCAAUUGUUCUGUGUGUAAGAGUGUAAACCACGAGCAGAGUCAAAGACGGCUUAGUCCUCAAAACAACUGGGUUUUAUUUCAUUUUUAUUUCUAAUUUAUGGAGACUACUGCAGGCAUUUCUGGUUUUGAGUGUGUGAUAUUAAUUUGUUCAUUAGGACGAGCAGUGCUAGUUUUCUCUCUGAGCAAACAAAGCAGCGCCGCAGUUCAUCCAUUAUUUCUUCAUGCCAGCCUCCCUCGUGGGUCUAGUCAACCUGAGGAUGCGCUCUUUGAAAGUCAAUCAGUAUUUAAUGGUACGACUGUGUCUUGUACCCUUUCAUGGUUUAUUCAUCCACUAGCAUGGACAAGGAAAUUGAUAAAUAAAC